GCUCCGCUCCGCGCCGGCUUUGUGUGCGCGGUGGCCGCCACCCGGGCAGGGUCCCGGGUCGCACGUCCCGGUCCUGGUCCCACUCCCGGCCCCCCAUCAUGCCUCCCCGCCGGCUCCCCGCCGCCCUCCUGCCCCUCCUUUGUCUGCUCUGCCUCCAGGCUGCGCUGCCGCUCCGCGCCCACCGCGGCCGCUACGCCGGUGAUAAAGUCAUACGAGUUGUUCCUGAGAGUGAGAGGGAAACGCAGAUCCUGAAGGCUGCAUUUAACAGGCUUAAGGUGGACCUGUGGCAGCCCAGCAGCACCUUCCACAUCGUCGAAGGUACGGUCACCGACGUGCGAGUGCCACAGAACACAUCCCGAAGUCUGCUACCCUUCCUCCAGCAAGCCAACAUCCAGUACACGAUUCUCAUAUCAGAUCUGCAGAAAGCAGUAGAAAACCAAGCUGGACUGAAGUCAUAUAGGAAACGAAGGUCCCUCCCUGGGUAUAACUAUGAAGUAUAUCACUCCCUGGAAGAAAUCCAAGACUGGAUGCAUUAUCUGAACAAAACUCAUUCAGAUCUUGUUCAUAUGUUCUCUGUUGGAAAAUCCUAUGAAGGGAGACCACUGUUUGUACUCAAGCUAGGUAAAAGAGCACGACCUUACAAGAAAGCUGUCUGGAUAGACUGUGGGAUUCAUGCUAGAGAAUGGAUUGGCCCUGCCUUUUGCCAGUGGUUCGUGAAAGAAGCUCUGCAGACAUACCAGACUGAUCCUGCCAUGAGAAGGAUGCUAACUCAGCUGUAUUUCUAUAUUAUGCCUGUGUUUAAUGUGGAUGGAUACCAUUUCAGCUGGACACAUGAUCGAUUCUGGAGAAAAACAAGAUCAAAGAACUCCAGGUUCCCAUGUCAUGGUGUUGAUGCUAAUCGCAACUGGAAAGUAAAAUGGUGUGACGAAGGUGCUUCAUUUCACCCAUGCGAUGACACCUACUGUGGUCCCUACCCGGAAUCUGAGCCUGAAGUAAAGGCUGUUGCUCAUUUUCUCCGCAAACAUCGGAAACAAAUAAAAGCCUAUUUGUCCUUCCACGCAUAUGCACAGAUGCUGCUGUACCCUUACUCUUACAAAUAUGCAACUAUUCCAAACUUCAGUUGUGUGGAAUCUGCAGCCUAUAAUGCUGUUAAUGCUCUUCAGUCUGCCUAUGGUGUAAGAUACAGAUACGGUCCUGCAUCUAGCACUUUGUAUGUGAGUUCUGGCAGCUCUAUGGACUGGGCCUACAAAAAUGGUAUCCCCUACGCAUUUGCUUUUGAGCUGCGCGACACUGGCCAUUUUGGAUUUUUACUUCCUGAGACGCUGAUCAAACCAACCUGCACAGAGACCAUGCUUGCAGUUAAAAAUAUAACUCUUCAUCUGCUGAAGAAAUGUCAUUGAGAGAUAUGGUAUUGUUUCUACCAGACUCACCUGGCCAGAAAUGGAAAAGAAAACCAAACACUUAUUUUUUACUUUACAAAAGACCCCGAAGUUGAUAUAGUAACUUAGUUUUCCAUUUGGUGUAACGUAUUUAGUUCUUUUUGCAUUAAAGCUUUGAUUCUCAGCCAGCAACUUCACUGGGGCAGGCCCAGACCCACAGACAGGUGCCUGAAGGAAAACUUCAUUCUAGAGUGUCCCUGGCCUUACUGCUUUCCCAGACAGGACUUCCCUCAGGGGAGUCUCUUGAACAAGGGGAUAAAAUUAACCAUGUAUAUGCACUCUGUAUCCCAACACAGGCCUGUGUCUAUAGCAGUAAAUGGCAGUGCGGUAUAUAGUUGCAGCUGAACAUGCUACAGGUAGCAAUGUGUCUUCCUUCUGCACUUAUACAUACAUAUGUAUAUGCACUUUUCUGAUUUUUAUUCAUAUAAUGCAGGAAUUUGACCCAAGGUUUCCUUUAACCGUUCAGAAAUGACGACUUUCAACUGUAUAUAUUGGGGUGGACGAAAAAUCAACAUACUGCCCUUGAAAAUGUAACUUCCCUAGAGAUAUGUAAGAAUUAUAAUAAAAUAUUAUUGAACUAUACAAUACUCUGCCUUAUGGAGAGACCAGAGCUGACAAACCAAAUGGCCAUGACUAGGAGCUUGGAACCAGGCAGGUGACUGGUGCUUCUGGGUUUUGCCAUAGCAUAUGCCCAUUUCUACCAGCUGAGGACCUAGCCUUGACCUGUAAUUACAAUGUUAACUGAUGUUUUAUUCAUCAGUAUUCUUGCAGUGAGUUCUGUAACUCUGUGGCUAUGUGGCUGCUCUUCUUGGAAGUCAUAUUUUUUGCAUGCUUUAAAGGAAUUAAUAAUAGAUUGUUAAGUGAGAUGGAGGUGAAAUUAGAAGCUUUACAGCUGAAAGAGAGAAAAUAAACACCAUGUCUGAAAGAAUAAUAAUGAAAGCACGGAGAAUGUAACAACUUGUUGAGGUUUUAGGGGUACUUUUAAAAUACUAUUUUUUUUCAUAUUAUUAUAUCUGCAAAAGCAUAUAUUUUACUUUAUUAAUUUUGAGUUUAAUCUUAUGCCAU